AUGACAGCUUAUGAGAGAUUGAGCCGGAAUAGUGAGGACAGAGAAGACAGUGAUGAUGUUUCAGACAGUAGGUGCCAACAGUCGACUUCAAACUUACUCUCGCAACCAUCUGACAACAACACCACCACUGACACCACCACUACGCCCUCGCCGAUAUCAUCAUCAUCAUCGUCGAUACCAAACCAAAACGACUUGGAAUCACAAGCACCACCACAUCUUACCCCAAAACAGCGCAUAAUACGAGUUCUUAACCACUUACUACCCGUGAAACAAACUUACGAACGACUCAAUAAUGGAUUACAAACAGGUCGAAUGCAAGCCAACAGACCAGGCAGAUUUAUUGGACAAGGAACCGAUGGUGUUUUCCAAAACUUGAUGGCAAAGCCCGAUACCGCCUCUGCUAUUGAACAGCAACAACGUGAAUUACACCCACCAACUUAUGAAGAAGCUAGCCAGGAUAACAGUCCGGAGUAUUGGGAAUCAACCAUGAUCUCACCCAUGUUUGAGGACGAAGUAUUUGUUCAAGGGUUGCCAGUGGGAAAUAUUGCCAAUUUCAUCUGGAAUGCAUUAGUCACUGUCGCUUUCCAGUUCAUUGGAUUCAUCUUGUGUUAUUUAUUACAUACUUCGCAUGCUGCUAAGCAAGGGUCUCGAUUAGGGUUGGGAAUUAACUUGGUUAUGUAUGGAUGGGAUGUUUUGCCUACGGUUUUAGGGAAUGCAAAAGAGGUCCCUCAAAAGAUUCAAGUCGCUGAUCCAAAUGAUUAUGAAAUUGAGAAGAGUGCCAAGAUAACGGGUAAAGUUGAUAAUUAUAUAGCACUGGGAUUUUUUGUUCAAAAUCUGGAUAAUAAUGGUGCCAAUUCGGAUGGUGUUGUUGAUGGUUCUGAAUAUGGUAAUACUUCUGCUCCUUAUAUUGCUUACGGGUUGAUAUCAUUUGGAUUAUUCAUAAUCAUAAAAAGUAUAGUUGACUUUUACAAGGUUAAACAGUUGGAAAGGUCAAUAUUGAAUCCAUCACUUGGAGGUGCCACUAAUACUACCACUACUACCACCUCGACAACGGCCACGGAAACUCAAAAUGCGCCAGGUGGCACUAGUCGAGAGAAUAAUGCCAAUGAUCAAGCUGAACAAGAUCCUACUGAUCUACGUUGA